UAGAGGGAUCUCAGGUGUCCUGUGAUGUGCUGCUCCAACAAUGAAUAGAACUAGGCAUGGAGUUGUAGGAGUGAAGAUUGUAGUGGAAGCAUAGACUCCAUUGCACAGGAGAUGUUAGCUCCAGCAAGCAUGCAGCCCCGAAGCUGGCGUGGUUACAGAGAUUUUAUUAACAAAAGGCAAUGAAGAGUUUUCUGAAGGGGUCGCUUGAUAUUCUUGGCUUGGAGAAAAAUGAAACCAGCUCUGAGGUGUCACGAUUUGUGCUUCUGGGCCUGUCAUCUUCCUGGGAGCUACAGUUAUUUCUUUUCUUAACAUUUUUGUUGAUUUAUGUAGUUAUUGUCCUGGGAAACCUUUUGAUAGUGACGGUCAUCCAGGCUGAUGCUCACCUGCUCCAGUCACCCAUGUACUAUUUUCUAAGCCAUCUGUCUUUCAUUGACCUCUGCCUGAGCUGUGUUGCUGUGCCCAAAAUGCUAAGAGAUUUCCUACAGAAGGAGAAGACAAUACCUUUCUCAGGAUGCCUGGCCCAGGUAUUCUUUCUUCACUUUCUGGGAGCCAGUGAGAUGUUCCUGUUGACUGUUAUGGCCUAUGAUAGAUACGUUGCCAUAUGCAACCCUUUGCAUUAUCUGAUGGUCAUGAAUAACCACCUGCGUCUUCGGUUGGUGUUUGGCUGCUGGUGUGGAGGUUUCAUCCACUCCAUCACACAGGUCAUGAUUGUCAUUCAGCUGCCUUUUUGUGGUCCCAAUGAACUGGACAAUUUCUACUGUGAUGUCCCCCAGGUCGUCAAGCUGGCCUGCAUGGACACUUACUUGGUUGAGGUGCUGAUGGUCUCUAACAGUGGCAUAUUAUCUCUUGUCUGCUUCUUAGUCCUGCUCUUCUCCUAUGCUCUCAUCUUGAUCACUCUGAGAACUCAUCUCUACCGGGGCCAGAGCAAGGCACUGUCCACCUGUGCCUCUCACCUGACAGUGGUCAGCCUGAUCUUUGUACCUUGUGUAUUCAUUUACUUGAGGCCUUUCUGCACCUUCUCUGUGGAUAAAGUAGUCUCUGUGUUUUACACAGUGAUCACACCUAUGCUGAACCCCCUCAUCUAUACACUCAGAAAUGCAGACAUGAAGCAAGCUAUAGAAAAGCUGAGAAAGAAGCAAGUGGCAUCCAACUGCUUUGUUAAAGGAUAAUGAUAAAGAAUAUUAAAGUAUGUUAAGGUUAUCUUUUUUUUAAAAAAACAUACG